AUGAAUAAACAAUUCGACGAUUUGGUGAAGAAGGCUUUGGGGGUUAAUGGGUUGUUGGUGGGGGAUAUUUUGCAUGAAGAUGUGAUGAGCAAGUUUUGGUUUCAAGGGCUGGUCGACAACCUCUUUGCCCACCUUCCAAACUUUCUGGGAGAUGAAUAUUCUGGUUGUAGUAACGUGGACUUUGAACAAAUAAUGGAUUGUACUAGUGAAUUUACCACGAAUGAGAUAUUUAACAGUAGAGAAGAAUUAAUACGAUGGGCUCGUGAAGUUGGAAGGGCGAAUGGUUUUGUUAUUGUGACCUUAAGAUUUAAUCAAGGUGGAAAAGGAAAUAAGAAUCCUAGGGUUACUUUAGGUUGUGAGAGGUAUGGAGAAUAUAGAAAGCGAAUUCCCAAAAAAGAUAUAAAGGAUGAGGAUAGAAGACAUGCAGGAUCGAAAAAGUGUGGAUGCCCUUUUGAAUUAAAGGGUAAAAAGCUAGAAGCAGAUGAUCAUUGGAUGCUGAUAGUGGUUAAUGGAUUGCAUAAUCAUAUAGUAGCUGUGCAUUUGGAGGGUCAUUCAUUUGCUGGUAGAUUAUCGUUUGAGGAGACAUCAUUGUUACUUGAUAUGUCAAAAAGUUUGCUACGACCAAAUGAAAUUUUGACUAUGCUAAAGCAAAGAGAUUAUCAUAAUUCAUCCACACUUAGAAUGAUAUAUAAUGCACGUCAACGUUGGAGGCUGUUGGAGAAAGCUGGAAGAUCCCAAAUGCAACAAUUGAUGAGUAAGUUAUCUGAGCAUAAUUACAUUGAGUGGCAUAGGAGUUGCCCAAAGACAAAUAUUAUUUUGGACUUGCUUUGGACACACCCUACUUGUUUGGACUUGUUAUUUGCAUUUCCACGUAUUUUGAUAAUGGAUUGUACCUAUAAGAUCAAUAGGUAUUGCAUGCCAUUGUUAGAAAUUGUUGGAGUUACAUCUACCAAUAUGACAUUUUGUGUUGGUUUCAUCUAUCUUUCUUCGGAACGAGAAGAUAAUUAUGUAUGGGCCUUAAGUGUACUACGGGGAUUGAUGGAUGAAAUAGCUAUGCCCGAUGUUAUUGUCACAGAUAGAGAAUUGGCUUUAAUGAAAGCCAUUGACGCAGUGUUUGGUACAGCUAAGCAUAUGUUAUGUAAAUGGCAUAUUAAUAAGAAUGUGCUAGCCAAAUGCAAAGUUGAAUGUGAAAGUAAGGAUGAUUGUAAUAGGUUUUUGGUUAAAUGGAAUUCAAUGGUUGCAUCACCAACUGAAGUCAAUUUCAAAAGAGAGGCGAGAGAAUUACUCAGUGAGUUUAGUAAGUAUCCAGAUUUGCUUAAAUAUGUAAUAGAUACUUGGUUGAACCCAUAUAAGGACAAGUUUGUUGCCGCAUGGAUAGAUAAAUGCAUGCAUUUUGGGAAUACAACUUCAAAUAGGCAACUUGACAUGACAUGUGCACUUAAAAGAAAAACUUCGGAGUGUUCCUAUGAUGCAAAGAUGAAGUUAUUUCAUAGGCGUUGGAUGAAGUCUGAUGCAACUACACAAAUGAUUCUUAAAAAGAAACUUAUGGAAUUAGUAGCACCACAAACUACUUCACAUGUGGAACCAUUUGUGAAUACCAAGACUCGAGGUGGGCCAGGUAAGAAGAUGGAUAAAUCUUCUCGUCGUGAUCCAUCCUUAUUUGAGGUUGUAGAUUCACCUAGGUUGGAUGGAUGUAGUCUUAGUGGUCUUCCUCCUAAAGUGAGUGCAAAACAAAAGAGGUGUAUCGCACCCCACUACAUAAGCUAUAUAGUUGAGUUUGUUGAUGCAUUUCCACAAGCAUUAAGGUUGUACAUCGAUCAUGUAAAAGAUGUGGCAGCAGAUGGACAUUGUGGGUACAGAGCUAUUGUAGCAUUAUUAGGUUAUGGUGAGGAUGGAUGGGUACAAGUAAGAAGAGAUUUAUUGAAUGAGCUUGAGUCUUAUUCAGUUCACUAUUCAGCACUUUAUGGGUCUGAAAAUAGGGUCUAUGAGCUAAAGCACUCAUUGGCGUACUUUGGACUGAUGCAAAUUUUGAUCGGUGGAUGA